AAAGGCGCCUUUUCCUUUUCCGGGAUGGGGCGGAGCUACGAGGAUUGCCCUGACGUCAGCGAGGAGGAAGCGGAGACAGAAAAUAACGCUGAAGCAAGGGUGUCCCUGGGCCGCGCGGUUCUUCAUCUGUCAUGGACGGUGCAGCGCAGGAACAAGACGCGGUGAAGUUCGCGCAGUUGGCCGUUCAGAAAGACCAAGAAGGGAAAUACCAAGAAGCGGCAUUUUAUUACAAGGAAGCUGCACAAGCCUUGAUUUAUGCUGCAAUGGCAGGAUCAACCUUAGAAAAUAUUCCAGGAAAAAUAAGUGAAUAUUUAGAAAGAGUACAAGCUUUAUAUACUGCAGUUCAAUUGCAGAUAGCUGAUCCCUUGAAAUCAAAGCAGCAGCUGGACUUGGAACGUGCCCAUUUCCUGGUUACCCAAGCUUUUGAUGAAGAUGAAAAAGCCAACAACGAGGAAGCCAUAGAGCUGUACACGGAAGCGGUGGAGCUCUGUUUGAAAACAUCUAGUGAAACAUCAGAAACAGUUCUUCAAACUAAACUGAAGCAACUAGCUCGGCAGGCAUUGGACAGAGCUGAAGCACUGAAAGAUUCAAAGGCAUCUCAGAAAGACAAACCAGCUCCAGUGAAGCAAAGUCAGCCAGUGAGAACUUUUUUCCCAUUGGGACCUGAUUUUUCCUUGAAUGAUAAGCCACAGUCCAUCAGACCUGUUCAUGCUAGUGAACCUCAAGGUCAGCGAUAUACUGUGGAGGAGAUCCAAGUGCUCAGGAAGACAUCAAAAAUAAAUGGUAUUGAAUAUGUCCCUUUCAUGAGUGUUGACCUAAGAGAACGUUUUGCUUUUCCAAUACCUUUCUCAGAUAAAUGUGGCCCAUUGCCUUUGUCUCCUAAGCAAAAGGCUAUGUUUUCUCGGUGGGUGCGGCCAAACGAUAUAACAAAUAAUCCCACUAUGAUCUAUACUGUGUCAAGCUUCAGCAUUAAACAGACAAUUGUAUCAGAUUGUUCCUUUGUUGCUUCACUUGCUAUCAGUGCAGCUUAUGAGAGAAGAUACAACAAGAAAUUGAUUACAAGCAUCAUUUACCCACAGAAUAAAAAAGGAGAACCAGAAUAUAAUCCAUGUGGAAAAUACAUGGUCAAGCUGCACAUUAAUGGUGUCCCUAGAAAGGUGGUCAUUGAUGAUUUGUUACCAGUAGAUCACAGUGGAGAACUUCUCUGCUCCUAUUCAAACAACAAAAAUGAGCUCUGGGUAUCAUUGAUAGAAAAAGCUUACAUGAAAGUCAUGGGAGGUUAUGAUUUUCCAGGUUCAAAUUCGAAUAUUGAUCUUCAUGCAUUGACUGGUUGGAUACCUGAGAGGAUUGCCAUGCACUCAGACAAUCAAACAUUUAACAAGGAUAGUUCCUUCAGAAUGCUUUACCAAAGAUUUCACAAGGGGGAUGUGCUUAUUACAACAGCUACAGGAAUGAUGACUGAUGAAGAAGGGGAACGUUGGGGUUUAGUACCAACCCACGCCUAUGCUGUUUUGGAUAUUAGAGAAUACAAGGGUCUUCGCUUCCUCCAAUUGAAAAAUCCCUGGAGCCACCUGCGUUGGAAAGGGAGAUACAGUGAAAAUGAUAUCAAGAGCUGGACUCCUGAACUUCAGAAAUAUUUAAACUUUGAUCCCAGAACAGCUCAAAAAAUAGACAAUGGAAUUUUUUGGAUUGCUUGGGAAGACUUAUACAAGUAUUAUGAUGUUAUUUAUUUGAGUUGGAAUCCAGGUCUUUUUAAGGAAUCCACCUGCAUUCACAGUACCUGGGAUGCAAAACAGGGUCCUGUGAAAGAUGCUUACAGUUUGGCCAAUAAUCCGCAGUAUAGGCUGGAGGUUCAGUGCCCACAAGGUGGUGCUGCAGUGUGGGUUCUACUCAGUCGACACAUUACUGACAAGGAUGACUUUGCACACAACCGAGAAUUCAUCACAAUGGUGGUCUAUAAAACUGAUGGGAAAAAGGUAUACUAUCCUGCUGAUCCUCCACCAUACAUUGAUGGGGUUCGAAUCAAUAGUCCCCACUAUCUAACCAAAAUAACACUCACUUCUCCAGGAACUCACACAUUUACACUUGUGGUUUCUCAGUACGAAAAACAGAACACAAUUCUUUACACCCUCAGGGUGUAUUCAGCUUGCAAGUUUACCUUUUCUAAGAUUCCAACACCAUAUGCUGUAUCGAAAAGGGUGAACGGACAGUGGAAAGGUCGCAGCGCUGGAGGAUGUGGAAAUUUUAGAGAUACUUGCAAGAAUAACCCUAUAUACCAGUUUCAAGUGGACAAGACUGGACCACUCCUGCUUGAACUAAGAGGACCAAGGCAGUACAGUGUUGGACUUGAAGUUGUAACAGUUUCUUCGAUAGGAGAUCCGGGAUCUUUGGGUUUUCAGAAGAAAAAUAGUGGUGAUUACAGGUGUGGCUUUUGCUAUCUGGAAAUUGAGAAUAUACCUCCUGGUACUUACAAUAUUAUUCCAAGCACUUUCCUCCCACAACAAGAAGGACCAUUUUUCUUGGACUUCAAUACUGCUAUCCCUCUUAAAAUAUCACAGCUGCAAUGAAGUUGCCUGCAAAACCAUUUUUAAGAAAAAUGGCAAAGUAUAGCUGUCACACUGAAGAACUAUCUAAAAACCUACUGAAAAAAUGUUUAUAUGGGGUAUGGAAAAGUAAUGUGGACUGUCAAAAGAAGAAUUGCACUCAAAAUUAGAGCUGCCUAAUCUUUAUGGUUUGCAAAACAAUGGAAAACAUGGAUUUCUGUUAUUUGUGAUGUGGGAAAGUUGAGGCAAGGAAAAAAUAUUUGCUCACAUACCCUGAUAUUUAAUUUUGCAUGGCUUUGUUUAUACAAAAUUGGCGUGUGCACGCACAGACACACACAGAGACAUAUGUUUUCAUAGAUUUUCACAGGUAUAGGUAUGCUGGUCUUGUAUUCGGGUCU